GUAAAGUGAAAAUUAUAGCUUGGUUUCAGGCUUUUUUUACCAACAUUAUUUACGAAUAAAGAUAGUGUACAUUUAUUUUUAAAUGACGACAGAUUCUGAAAAUAAAUUGAAGUUAGAACGGCGUAGUCAACAAGAGGAAGAUGAUACGUUUAGUAAUCAAAACAGCAGCAGCGGAACUCCUUUCAAGGAACCCGGUAGUGCUAGGGUUCGAUCCCGAAGCAAACCGGUAAUCGAAAAAGAUAAGGCGAGUUUUCUACAAGAUCUAGCUCUAUUUCACGAAAAAAAUGGAACACCGUUUUUACGAUUACCCAAAAUUUCCGGACGAGAUAUUGACCUGCACCGUCUAUACUCUAUUGUUGUUGGUCGAGGCGGUUGGUUGAAGGUUAAUGCUCGUGAAGACUGGGAUGAAGUGAUUGAGGAGAUGAAGCUUCCUAAACGAUGUGUAAAUAACGAGAUUGCCAUCAAACAGAUCUACAUACGAUAUCUAGACAAGUAUGAAAGAGUGAAUUUCCAUGGUGAGGAAAAAGAUCCAGCUGAUGAUGAAGAUGAAGAAAAAAGGCACAAUCGUAGGUGGUCUGCUCGAAUGUUACAUUCAGUGCCUGCGGUAUACAACCAUUCUCAACACAAUGUUCCAGAAUCUACGCGAGUAUCGCUAAAUAUGUCUUGCGAUAUGUAUAAGCCAACCGAAUACGAUAAAUUGAUGCUGUCGUUACUGUCCCCGCUCCCAAAUGAGCAAGAUUUUGCUAUCAAUGUUUGUACGCUGAUGUCCAAUGAAAGCAAACAUACGCUUAAAAUUGACAAGUGUCCCAAAUUGGUGCAAGUCUUAUUAGCACAUGGAGGAGUUUUCAACCAUUUUACUUUACGCGACAUGUUUGACCAGUACUAUUCAAACAUCAGAAAGCAUUCAUUGCAACGUUUUUGGAAAGAUUGUCUGUUUGAAAAACCGCAAGUUCUAGAAUUAUCUUAUGAUGAUUGUUUCCAAAAAAUGGAACGAGAUCCAACUGCGUUGAUCAAGACAAUUUAUUGUGAAGAUCUUAAUAAGAGCGUAGAUGACGAAGAUUGUGGUAAACUAAACGUGGCAACACUGAGGAAUUUCCUCAGCUUGGGGUCUGGGCUAGGAACCAAUGAUUACAUUGGACAACGCGUUCAGCAGAUUGCCCAAAUAUUCAGAAAUUUGAGUUUUAAUGAUGAAAAUGUAGUUGUUUUGGGGGCGAACCGAGAGGUUCUACGAUUUUUGAUUAUGUGUGCGAAUGCUCGAUGGAAUAACUUGCAUCACACCGGAUUGGAUAUGCUAGGAAAUGUUGCGGCUGAAAUUGAUAUAAAUGAUCCACAGGUAGAUUCGGUAACAAGAUGCUUACUCUCUACCAUAUCAGAAGGUUUAGAAGGGGCUGACCGCGGCGUCAUUAUCAGUUGCUUGGAAAUAUUGAGCAAAAUCGCACAAAAGGAAAGCAACGAGGACAAUUUAACUCGAUGCUUGAAUCAAAAAAUUUAUGAUCAAAUAUGUCUGUUUCUUUCGUUGAGCGAUAUUAUGCUGCUCUUGUAUACACUUGAAUGUAUAUAUUCGUUGACUUCGAUGGGAGAGAAACCGUGUGCUUCAUUAAUGCAUGUGACCGGCAUAAUUGAUACUCUAGUUUCCCUCGUAACGGUGGAAGCGCAGAGUUAUGGUCCUGAUGCUUGCAUCUUGAUGCGUGUAGUAGAAACCAUUCCCGGAAAUAUAGCCGGCAUUUUUCCUAGUAAUUCUCAGAACGCAGGCUCAACAAAUCAUCCGCAAGUACCUAGCAUGGCACAACUCACUGUACAGCAAAAAGAGCAACCUACAAUGCCAACCCCAAAUAUACCAGCUCUGCCAGAGAUUCCAAAAAUUCCCGUGCCUGCAAAGCCCCCCGCAUCACCACCGGCAAGUCAGUUGAAUCCAGCAAACGCUGUUAUUCCACCUGUUCAAUCACAUGUACCGAACGUUCAAGUCACAAGCGUAACACGACCAGCAGCGUCACAAUCCCCUCAAAUUCCUGUCAACAUAAUAAGUCGUGGUGACAUUCCAGCUGCAGUUUCCAGAACUUCGUCGCCAACGCUUUCUAAUUCCUCGUCAGUUCAGUCCCAUACCACAGGUCCCAUUACUGUAGCUGCCAAACAUGCCCAACAGCAGCAAUCUCAAGAGAACGAACAAUUUGCUUAUGCAUGGUUGAAAGCAACAUUUGAAAUUACUUCGUCCCUUGCCAACAAGAUCGAACAAAACGAAGUGUAUAAGCUAUAUUUGGCAGCAAACGCUAAGAUUGGACGCAAAGCCGUUGUUCCGCAAGCUCAUUUCCCGCGUUGUAUGCGAACAGUGUUUGGUGGGACCGUUGGACCAACACAAAUCAAAAAUGAUCAGAAUAGUGUUGAAAAUAAUUUUUAUUACGAAGGUAUUAAGCUGCGUCCAAAGCCAUCACCAAUAGCCGCUCAACAGAAAGCAACCACAACGAUUCCAACCAUAGAGAAACAUUCCAGUAACAUGAAUAUGAAUAGCAAUAACACACGUAGUACUACAUGUAGCCUAAUAAAGCAUGCUGAUGGAGUAAGCAAUCCAUUUGUAACAAACACUGGAAAGUCGGACUUAAUUUAUCACGACCUACCAAAGCCUAAUCCGAUUAUGGGAAAUAGUUCGAAUUCAAAGUCUGCGGUAGUAACGAAUGUUACGAAAUCGAGCAUCAUAACUCACGGAACUCAGACGAUACUAAGUAAACAGACAGUCAUACAAAAAUGUACUUCUUCAUCGCAACAUCAGAAACAACAGCCACUAUCCAACAAACCAAUCAUCAACCAACCUGCACAGCUGGUAGGAAACGGAAGUGGUACGAUAGCAAGCUCGAGCGGAAAACACCAGAUAUUUGUAACACAACUGGGAGGCAAAAAUGUGGUAAUCAAUCAGGCGAAUAUGUGUAAAUCUGCGCAGGCAAACCAGCCAGCUCAAAUCUUGCAACAAGUAUUGAACACUAAUCCUUCAAACGACCCAAAGAGCAAUGUAAUCGUCGUUAACCAAACUACUAUCUCACCUCAGCCGCUUGGUACAGUGUUAGCGCCACCACAACCACCGCAGCAGACUACCGGAACCACCACUAUUAUGAACCAGUCUGGUACAAUCUCUUCAACGACAACAAAUCCGUCCGCACUUAUUAAAAGCCUGCUGGCGAACAAGGUAACGACGGUGACGAGCAGCGAAACCUUCCUUACUGCUACCAGCAGUAGCAGUACCGGCUGCGUCGUCGUUUCGUCCUCCGCUACUAGUAGUUUGUUGUCUACUACCACUUGCAACACUAGCAUCAAUCCUUCUUCUUCCAUUAGCAAUAGUUUGAUUGCAUCAAAUGUUAACGUGCAUCAGGUCGCCCAACGUCAGCAAUUAUUGAAGCAGAAGCAAAUGAAUGCAACCUCUGCAACAAGAGAAAAUCAACAUCCAAAUAGCUCCGUUGUAGUGACUUCUAAUAAUCCCAACAAUCUGACUAAUAUAAAAGUGGGAAACUCAACUAUUUCCAUUAAACCAGGAACUUUACCAACUAACACCGUCAUAACGGCCACAAAUUCUCAGGAGAUGGAAUCUGCGCACGGUCAAGCAAAUCCGCCACCGUUGGCACCAUUAAGUCAGUUGACAGGAACUAUCAUCAAACCCAUUACGAACAAUAAAAUGCUCACUGAUUUGCUAGAUAAACAAACCAACGAUCCUCCGAUGUUUUCUAUUGGUGAGACAACGGUGAAGCGCAAGAGCGAAAUAGAUUCCACCGAACCUCCGCCGAAGAAAUUGGAUUUGAUGGAUGAAGAGGUUAAAGUUACUCCAAAGGCGGCUGAUUUAUAUGCCGAGCUAGCAGGGUCUAUCCUGGCUGAUGAGGAUUUGGAGGAUAUAGAUGUAAAAAUUCCUAAGGAGGAGCCUAAGAUGAAGAUACAAACUGCCCCAACGCAAGUGAUUACUAUGCCAGUCCCAAUGCAACGACAAAUUAUCGUAAACCCGAAUAAUCCACAGCAAAUGCUCCUGUCUCCAGGUGGUACUGGUCAGCAACUGACAGCGCAAACUACAGCGACAAUAAAAACCGACACGGGUUAUCAAACGGUUCCUGUAAUUUUGCAACAUAAUCAAAAUCAAAUUCAAAUACAGAAAACGGCUCCCGUCAUGCAGCCGACUGUCAUUGCCAACCCUCAGCAACCCACUCAGUAUAUACUGGCCACAAAUCCACAAGGACAAACGUACGUUGUGGCUCAGCAACCGCAACCACAAUCACAAAUUCAGCAGACAGUCCUAUUAACUCAGGGUCCUCAACACGGAACUCAGCAGAAAACUAUAAUAAUUCUUCAACAGCAGCCAGCUCAGAAUACUACACAAAUGCAAACCCCUCAGUUUGUUCAAGCGUCCUCCCAAACACCUCAGAAAGUUUUUGUUAACCAGCAGGGCCAACAGAUCAUCAUGACACAGAUGCCCCGUCCGGUGCAGCAUCAGACGAUAAUUGCUCCACCCGGAGGACAGGUCGUGGAAAAAAAGCCAAUAUAUAUUACAACCAAUCAACAGGGAAAUACAAUAAGUAUUGAAGGACCCACGCAGCAAAUCAUUAAAGCUAAUCAACCGGCAACACAAUUGAUUCAAACCCAUCUCGGUCAACCACAACAACCACAACAAACCAGCAGUCAACAGAUUCAACAGAUUUUACAUCAAAGUGGCUCGCAAACUUUUCAAAUAAUUCAACAACCUCAACAACUGCCGCCUGCACAACCAACUCAGCAGAUCAUGAUACAACCACAACAGCAACCCCAGCAGUCGCAGAUACUUAUUCAAUCCCAACCAUCGCAGCAACUCCAGCCACAAAUAAUAUCACAACAAAUAAUACAGCCGGCUACGCAACAACAACAUGGUGGACCAAAAAUUAUACAGCAAAAACUUCAACAAGGUUCUAAUCCACAGAUAAUAACAGUUCAAAAGCAGCAAGUUUUGGCCCAGCCAAAUCCUCAGCAAUCAUCUGGAACGAAAACGGCCCAUACAUCGCAACAACAGCACAUCGGACAACUCCCAACUAAAACCAUCAUCGUUCAGCAACAACCUUCUUCUUCCGGUACACCUCAAAAGCAGAUUAUUCAAGUAGUUCAGCAAAAAAUUUCGACUCCACUUUCAAAGUCACAACCAAUCCAACAAGUUUCAAAACCAGUAAUUCAAACCCAGGCAGGCAUUAAACCAUCGAAUCUAGUACAACAAACUACAACGGGUGCCCCAAUUGUUACUUCAGUUGCCGCUUCAACAAAAGGUAUCACAAGCACUGCAACCGCUACGACUUCUUCAACUUCUCUUGCGUCUUCUCUUACUUUAAUACCUUCAACUUCAGCACCAAUAUCUAACUUCCAAUCUUCAGCUUCCACAAUAUCUGUUGCAACAUCUGCUGUUACUUCAUCUUCCUCAGCUACAACAAGCAGUAUUGUUCCAGCUCCGACACAACCAAUCACAACUACCAUUCCUGUGGCUGGUACAAAUAGCUCUAUCCAAAUGAUACCCGCUAUGGAUCCAGCCAAAGUGGUCGAUGAAGACGUUGAGUUAAGUUGGCCAUGGGUCUGUGAUUGGCGUGGUUGCCCUCGGAAGAAGUUUGCCUCUGCAAAUGAAGUCUACAUACAUGCGUGUGCAGUGCACUGUCCCGAUAGUGUCGAUUCCACUGCUGAUAUCUAUUGCCAGUGGGGACCGGGCCCAAAUUUGUGCGACAAUCUCCCUCGAAAACGAUUUUCACUGAUGACGCAUUUAUUCGAUCGACAUUGUACUAGUGAGUCUUUCAAGCUUGCAGUUCAACGUAGACUAGCUGGUGGUCAGCUACAGCAGCAAGCAUACCCGGUAACCUUAGUUCGACAGUCAGCAGCCGGGACGCCUCCGGGAUCUUCAGCUUCGUCCACAACCUCUGAGAGCUCUACACAACCAUCAAACGCACCAGUACAUCAAGGUCCAGGUCAUCUUUCUGCUGCCGGACCAGCAGCGUUACAUGCUAUCAAACGACAUGCAACUGAUUGGACAAAUGCCAAAGAGUUUCAGGAUGACAUUGAAGGGCCGGUAACUAAAAGUAUUCGUCUAACGUCGGCUCUUAUCUUAAGAAAUCUCGUGGUGUACAAUAACACUGCAAGAAGGAAUUUAAGAGCUUACGAACCACACCUUGCCGGCAUGGCAAUGAAUAAUGUUGAAUCUAGCCGCACUAUCGCACAAGUUUUGUUUGAAAUGAAUGACACUCAGCAUAAUUUUUAAAGAAAAACAUAUUAGGCCGUAUGAAUAAAAGAGUUAGAGCAAAUGCUCCUAUACGAUUUAAACGGGAAAAGCAACGUAAGCUGUUUCAUUCAUACGGCUUAUUAUCACUUCUUAAUAAAAAGUAUUUUUAUAAAUGUAAGUUACAUGAAAAUAAACACUUCAAAAUCGGCAUUACAUGAUAUUAUCUUUUAUACAGACACAAUAUAGGCAUAUGGAAA